AUGUCUCACGCUAAUCAUGGUCCUGCUUUGGAAAAGGGUGUCUGGUUUGCGAUUAGCAUCUCUACAGUGAUCGUCACUCUUCGCGUGUUUGCUAAGUUCAAGAUCAAUCGCUUCUUCGUAGAUGAUGUGUUGAUGAUUGUCGCUCAGAUACUCGCCAUUAUUGGAUGUGUUUUCUUGACAUUGUGUGUUCAAAAUGGGUUCGGCCAGAACCUGGAGACUCUACCAGCUCAUAAUAGAAAGAUUGUCUUGCAAUAUCUCACCGCAGUGCAGGUCCCAGUCGUCACUCUCAGCACUACCAUCGCUCGCUCAGCCUUCAUCAUUUAUCUUCUAGGCAUACUUGGCACCAACAAAACCAUCAGGCUUAUGCUAUGGGCUAUUCUCUUUAUUCAGCUGAUCGGCAAUAUCGCCUCUUCUAUCCUGCCGUUGGUGAUAUGUCAUGAUAUACGAAUUCUCUGGGAAACUGUGGAAACUACUUGUGGUAAUUUGAAUUCGGUCAUUCAAUUUGCCUAUUAUUCGAACACUUUCAAUUCAGCCACCGAUCUCUUUUUGGCCAUUUUCCCCACAGUCGUUUUUUGGAAUCUCAACUUAAAGCUACAAAUCAAGCUUGGUCUCAUAGCGCUUCUCAGCUUGGGAGUUGUUGCCAUGGUUGCGUCUAUAGUUAAAACAACCAAGCUCACAACUCUGCCUAGUCUCACAAAUCUCGGUGCCGGUGGUGGAAUUGAAAUCAUCCGCUGGGCAUAUAUCGAAAACGCAGUGAUCAUCAUCACAUCGUCAAUCCCUUGUAUACGCCCACUUGUUAUUGCAUCCGUGCAUAAGAUUUCCAGCGCCAAAUACUCAUACCAACUCAGUGGCCCAUUCAGUAGUCGGCGUACUAAGGAAAAUACCACUCAGCAGUCCCAGCACUCGCGACGGAUCAACAUGUCGCACCACUUCGAGGAUGGCAGCGUGGAAAGAAUCCUCAAUCAAAGUUCACAUACCAGCACAACAAUUGGUGGAAAUCCUGACUCACCCCAUCAGUUGCCUGCAGACCACCAUGGAAUCACAAAGCAGGUCGAAAUCUCGGUGUUGGCGGACGCGGAAUCUGCAAAACAUGUUUGA